GAACAUUGCAAGCCAGCUCAGACUGAACGGAAGUGUGUUUUUCAGCCCUGUAUCAGUGUAAGAUGUAAGAUCUUACAUAGCAGGUCAUGGCAGACAGUGAUAGUGAGGACCCUGGUCUAGAAGAUGCAGAUGAGCACUUCCAUUCAGACCUGGAUGAAGAGCAUCACUCCUCCAGCUCCAGCACAACUGUACGGCCAAGAGACCACUGUGACUAUCUUCUGGAUGCCAUUGAUGCCCAGCUCAGCGAGAUGCAGGCUCCAAGCCCCAGUGGACGAGGGAUUGCUGAGGGUGUUUCCUGUAACUAUACAGCAGAGUCUUCAAGAACAGAACAUGAAGAACCGAGGCUGUGCUCCGCAACCCAGAAUAAAGAAGCUUCUCAGACUGAACAGUGCCAGCAGGAAGGAGACUCCGAAAAGGAACAAUACAAAUGGAGACUGAAGCAGCUCCUGGGAAGCGAACAGACAGACGCCCCAGGGUACCAGAGCAACUUCAGUACUACGGAGAGUGUCUGCACUGAGGAUUUUAUUACCAAGUUCAAAGAAGGGAUGAUAGACCCCCAGUCAGAUUUCAGCGGGGAGUUGAGCAGUGAUGAUGGGACCUCUGGUUGUUCUUCUGGUGAACGCUCUUCGAAAAGAACAAGCGAAGGAAGCAUUGUGAAACCAGAGUCCUUUCUGAGUAUAAGCAAGGCCAGCAUCGUAGAAAGAGAGGCCGACAAUGAAAUUGUCGUGAUAAACACUGCAAGGAGGCUGGAUAUUGUCCAGCAGUUUAAACAGGAUUUAGAAAGCGAUCUUCAAGGGAAUGUUACUGAAGUUGAGGAGACACCUGGUACAGGUCUCCUAUCAAGAAUCCGUAGAGACAGCUUGGAGUCUCUUGGGGGCCAGAUCUCUAGGCUUAGUCAGAGCAACAUUCCGGAUUCUCUGAGCAUUCUUGGGAAGGAGAGGAGUGUCACCCACAGCAGUAAUCCUGUAGGAUUGUUCAGAGAAGGUGGUGGACCAUCUGUUAUUGUCUCCCAAAAGGACAAUGUAAAAGAGCUGCCUUGUUUGUCGAUAGGAACGAAUGAAGAGAACAUCCACCAAGAAAGUUGUGGACCUCUAGCCCUUAAAGAGAUGUUUCCCAGCUGUGAGAGAUCUUCAAUAAGAGACAACGGAGAGCGUAGAUUGGGCCAAGAGAACUUUACCAAUGGAACAAACCUGUCUGGUUCCACUUAUGUAUCUCAGUCAUCCACUUGUUCAGUUAUGUCUGUCUCUGUGUCUAAGGAAAAAGAUGCAUUGUCAAGAGAUAAGUGUCCUUCUCCAGUCAGACUCUCAAAUGGGAAGGAGAACACUUCAUGCGUACAAGAAGCGAAUGGAAGUGACCCAGAAGAAAAAAAUGGAAACUCAUAUCAGACAGAAAGGAAAGGGGCACAUCACCAUGAAUUUGGUGUGGUGUCCCUUUCCUCUUUCCAGCAACGGACUGUAAGCAGGUCAAAAAGCUGUCCUUAUGUUCGUGGAUCUUCCUACAGACUUGAAGCAGCUAACUUGUUACCUGGGUCCAACCACCGUUCAACCACUUCGGGGUCAAGGCACAUUCGAAGCAGCAGCCUAAGCAAUAGAUCCUCAGCAGCUAAAGGACAGUUUAAUAGCCGUCAUCCGUCUAGCCCCAGUUCAGACAGGAAGAUCAUAUCACAUAGAGCAACAGCUGGAAUCAACCACAAAACUUGCGAGAACUUUGGCUCUGAGUCCAGCCUGAAUACCAUUACAACAGAAGAGUAUGUGGACUCGUUUCAGGCUUUGGCAGUCAAGCAUGUUGCUGGGGUUCCUGUAAAGAGUUUUGAUGAAAUGACGAUAGACAGCGAUCUGGAUUCAGUGAAAACAGAUCGCGUCCGGAAGCACUUUCAGAAAGCACUCAGUACCAGAAAUGGUUUGAAUAGUGUACCUGUGGCUGCUCCGUUCGGAUGUCGUUCCACUAAAAGAUCCCGAAGCCCCAGGAAGGAUGCAUGCAGGUUCGAGAGCUCUGAUAGGACUGUGACUGACGAGGAUGAGGAGGAGGAGGAGAGUUUAGAGCAGCGCUUCACGGAGAGCAAUGGAGAGUGGAGAACCAGCAGCCCAGUGACGUGGAGCUCAUGUCCCAAGAGAGGCGGGGAGCUGACGUGGGGGCGGGGCCUGGGCUCGGAGAUCAGCGAGGCACACCAGCGUUCUUCCCAUUUAUUGGACUCCGAUCGGCAGAUAUUAGAAGAAUCUGUUUCCAGGCUCCGUCGGGAUCUUGCUGUGGAGGAGGAGAGAUUGUCACACAGGAAGGCCCAGGUGCAAGAGACAGAGCAAUUGCUGACUGAGGCUCUUCAGAAAAAAAAGCAUGCAGUUCAGGAGCUGGAGUCAUUGAAGUGCGCGGUUGAGAAGAGCCAGAAGGAGGCGAGAGGGCUGGAGACCCGGGUCAGAGACAGCAAGAGCCAGGCAGAGGAGACGAGGGCAGAGCUGGCAGUGCUGGAGUACAAGCAGGACUCAUGUCUGCAGGAAGUGCAGAAUCUAGAGGAGGAACUGAGCAUGCUCAGAAGACAGUGCUCCGCCACAUACAACAGCCAGCAGAGCACCCUGGAGAACCAAGUGUCGUCUCUGAGUGCGGAGCGUGAGGAGCUCAGGGCUCGGCUGAGGCUCAAGGAGGGCGGUCUGUCUGUCCUGGAGAGGCAGGAGCUGGAGUGGCAGCUGAGCUGCGCCAGGAGCGAGCUGUUCACUGAGCAACGCAGUGCCCGGGACAAGAUCAGCCUGCUGCAGGAGCAGCUGGAGGACUGCCAGGUGGAGCUGGAGGAGCAGGCAGCCCAGGAGGGUUUGCUGCAGGAGAGGAGCAGGAGACUGGAGCAGCAGCUGAGAGAGAUGGACAGGAGGCAGGAGGAGCAGACACAGAAGCUGGCCCUGCAGAGCAGUGAGGCGAGUCAGGCCUUGAGCAGGCAGGUGCAGGAGGCAUCUGUCCAGCUCCUGGAGAGGGACGGGAAGAUCUCAGCACUGGAGCGCAUCCUGUCUGAGAAGGAACUAGAGCGGCUGAGGCUGAGGGAGGGUCAGGCCGCCCUGCAGGCUGAGCGAGAAGCCCUAGUCGCAGCCAGAGAGACCCUGAUACAGGAACACCAGAGCCAGCUGCAGCAGCUCCAUCGUGACAAACAGCUGGAGAAGGAGGAAGCAAAACAGCAAUUGAAAGUGGAAUUGGAUUUAAUCAAACAGCAAGAAAUCCAACAGGUUAGGGAACAAGCAGAGGAGGACAAACUGGAGGCUGUGAAGCACCAAGCACUUUCCUUCACACUGGAGACGGAGAAACUCGCCCUGAAAAUCCAGUUAAAAGACGAAGAAAUUGUGAAGCUGAAGGAAGCAGUCAGGCAGCAAGAGGAGUCCAUGAGGAAGCUAGCUGAGGAACUCAAACUGGAAGCCAAAGAGAUGGUGCAUGGGGCUUUGCUCCGGGAACACAGGAAAUGGGAAGCAGAGAAGACAGAGGAGCUCCAGAGGCAGCGUGGGAUACUGGAGGAUGAGAGCAGGAGAGCUGUGCACUCCAUCAAGGAGGACCAGGAGAGAGAAAGGAGAAAAGCACUCUCCCUGCAGAAUAAAAUUAUUGAGCUGCAAACAAGAGUGCAGGAGCUGGAGUUUGAGAACAGAGCCCUGCAGAGAGAGAAGCAGGAGGCUGUCAGUGAGUUGCGGAGCUCUCUCAGGGAGGAGAAACAGGAAGAGAUACUCAGAGUCAAGGAGGAGAUGGACCAGGAGAAGGCCGGUGAGGUGGAGAAGCUCAGGCUGAAGCUGGAGCAGGAGGAGGCAGAAGUGCAGAGGCUCAGGACUGGCCUGGGCGAGGCGGCGCGGAGGGAGAAGGAGCUGCAGACACAGGCCGAGCGGCUGGAGAGGGGAGCAGUGCUGGACCUCAGCCUGGAGUACGACCGCAUCCAGGACCUCCUGCAUAGCACGAGGGAGCGAGGAGUCGGAGCCAGCCCAGCAAGCCAGAGACACAGCGGCCCCUCUCGUCUGUCCCUUCCCCAAGCUGUGCAGGCCCUGUGCGGGGCCUGUGAGGAGCAGCAGCAGCACAUCCUGGAGCUGCACCAGGAGCUGGACACACAGAGACGAACCAUCCUGCAGAUCCAGCGAGACAAGGAUCGGGAACUGAAGCAGCAGCGUGAGGAGCUGUAUCUGGAGAAGGAGGCGGCGGUGGAGACCAUCAAGGAGCGCCUCAUCCAGGAGCACAUCGAGGAGAUCAGUAAGCUGCAGCGUCCCCUGCUAAAGGACUCCGGGGGCAGUGAGUGCCAGUCUCUCCGCCAGCAACUCCGUGAGAAGGACAGCGAGCUAAGAGCCAUCCAGAGGAACAUGACCCACUGGAAGGACGACACCGCCGCCAAGCUGGCCGCCAAGUUUGAGGAGGAACUCAACUCCGAGCUCGAGAAAUGCAAGUCUGAUUUGUUAAAGCACAGACGGAUGUCCAAGAGCAAACCUGAUCAGCAAAGAAAAAUAGAAAAGCUGGAAUCAGAAAUGAGAAGACUAUCAAUGGAGAGAAGUGAGACUGCUCCCCUGCGCUCAGCCUCCACCCCUUCCCUGAGCACACCACCCCCUUCUGGGUCCCAGGAUUUCAGCACAGUGAAACUGCUCCGGCACCUGCAGACCCGUGUGAAGCAGCUGCGUGCUGAGAACACCAUCUACCACCAGGGAAGCCUUGACGAGCUGGCCGGCUCCUACCGGGAAACAAUUCGUAUGAUGCCGGAAAGAUUGCCAACAAGAUUCAAAUCCAGUACCAGAAAACCACUGCUCUGAAGGGUCAUUCCUCUCUGUUACAGUUCACACUUUACAUACCUCCAUCCAGCUCUAUGUGCGAAAUAACUUUUAAAUGAUUUCACUGUACGUUUGUAGAAAAAUGCAUGUUAAUGCUCUCAAUGAUAAAGAAUUACAAUUUGUAUUACUGUAACAACGUUAGUGUUUUAUACUGUAUAUUUUGCAGAAAUACUUUAAUCAAUAUUUUUUAAUUCCUGAAUAUGAAAACAUAACAUUUUAAAUUGAACUUUGUUUGUGUAUAUACUAUCCCAGGACUAAUCUGCACACACCUAAAUACAUGCAUACCUUAUUUAAUGUUAACAGAUUUUCUGGGCUAGACUGUAUGUCUAUAAAAAACAAUUAUAUUAG